GCGGGGGCGCGCGGUGACUGUUGGGUUGGCGCUGAGGGGAGGAGGCAGCGCGGCCGUCGCCGUUGCGCAGAUCCGGGCCGCUGUUGUGGGGAGGGCGCCGGGGCCAGUGACCUUCCGGAGGCGGGAGCGAGCCAGGGGGCCCGGGACGCUAAGAGCUGCUGCCGCCGCCAUGAACAACUCGGGCGCCGACGAGAUCGGGAAGCUCUUCGUGGGCGGUCUUGACUGGAGCACCACCCAAGAGACUCUCCGCAGCUACUUCUCCCAGUAUGGAGAGGUUGUGGACUGUGUGAUCAUGAAAGAUAAGACAACCAACCAGUCUCGAGGCUUCGGGUUUGUCAAGUUUAAAGACCCCAACUGUGUGGGCACAGUGCUGGCCAGCAGACCGCACACACUGGAUGGGCGAAAUAUCGACCCAAAGCCAUGUACACCUCGGGGGAUGCAGCCAGAGAGGACGCGGCCAAAAGAAGGCUGGCAGAAAGGAUCCAGGAGCGAUAACAGUAAAUCAAAUAAGAUAUUUGUCGGCGGAAUUCCUCACAAUUGUGGUGAGACAGAGCUCAGGGAAUACUUCAAGAAAUUUGGAGUGGUCACGGAAGUGGUCAUGAUCUACGACGCAGAAAAGCAGAGGCCUCGAGGUUUUGGAUUUAUUACUUUCGAGGACGAACAAUCAGUGGACCAGGCUGUCAACAUGCAUUUUCACGACAUCAUGGGCAAAAAAGUGGAGGUUAAAAGGGCUGAGCCUCGUGACAGCAAAAGCCAAGCACCCGGACAGCCAGGGGCCAGCCAGUGGGGGAGCCGAGUCGUGCCCAGUGCUGCCAAUGGCUGGGCAGGCCAGCCCCCACCCACGUGGCAACAAGGAUACGGCCCACAAGGAAUGUGGGUGCCAGCAGGACAGGCAAUUGGUGGCUAUGGACCCCCACCUGCAGGAAGAGGAGCUCCCCCACCGCCCCCACCAUUUACGUCUUACAUCGUAUCCACUCCUCCUGGAGGGUUCCCCCCUCCACAAGGCUUCCCACAGGGCUAUGGGGCACCCCCGCAAUUCAGUUUCGGCUAUGGGCCUCCACCUCCACCACCGGAUCAGUUUGCACCUCCAGGGGUCCCCCCUCCACCUGCCACUCCAGGGGCAGCACCUCUGGCCUUCCCGCCGCCUCCAUCUCAGGCUGCCCCAGACAUGAACAAGCCCCCAACGGCACAGCCAGACUUCCCCUAUAGUCAGUACGGCCUGGGUACCUAUUCUCAAGACCCUGCGGGCUUCGGGCCCAUACUUUGUUUACACUCUUAUGGUCAGGCUGAGCAGUGAUAUGGCCUAGGUUAUGGACAGGACUUGGCCGGCUUUGGGCAGGGCUUCUCAGACCCCAGCCAGCAGCCCCCCUCCUACGGGGGCCCCUCAGUGCCAGGUUCUGGGGGCCCCCCUGCCGGUGGAAGUGGCUUUGGACGAGGUCAGAACCACAACGUGCAAGGAUUCCACCCCUACCGACGCUAGCUGGCUGGCGCCACGCAGAUGGCUAGAUGGCUGAGACCCAGGAUUCAAAACUUGUGAACUCGUGACAAUCACAAAACUUGGCAGAAAAAUUCAGAUUCAACCUUGGGGGGAGGGGCAGAUGUGAGGCUCUUGGAGGUGGCUGUGGGUGUCUGGACUGAAGUUUUUAAAUACAUUUCUUUCUCUAACCCAUCAGCACAAUAAAAAAAAAGUCACUGGUUCAACAACAGGGUUAAAAAAAUGUCUUCAGCUUUAAUUCAAAAUUUCAGGUUUCUUUUUCUUCCUUUUUUUUUUGAAAUUAUUUUCCUGAGCCUUUUGUUUUACCGUAUAUUGUAAACUUUUAUGUUAAAGAAAAAAAUAUACAUUUACAAAUUGUGAGAUUUUUAAGAGAAAUUUUCUACAGUGUAUACUGGCUUAUUUUUUAAUUUAAAACAGGGUUUCUGUCGGCACUGGUGGAAGUGAGGGGUGUUUUUGGUCCCCGUACUCCUGGCUUUGAGGGUUGGGACUCAUUGGUCCAGAAACUCUGGAGCUUAAAGAAGCAAUCUACUGAGCGUGUUUUGUUUUUGUUUAUUCCUUGCUUUUGUUGAUUGACCUGCCUGGCGGUGUCUGCAAGUGGGCCAUGGGUACCACACCGCCUGGCUCAGCUGGCAACCACCCCGCGUCCAACUGCAUACAGGACCAGGAGGCCUUGUCAGCCCACUUCCUGCGCAUGUGGCUUCAGGGCAUCCCCACUGACCAGUUUGACCCUGGUUUGAAUAAAGAGAAGUGCGUUUGGAUUAGAA